AGUUGUUACUGGGCUCGCAAACAGUCGGCUGCUAAACAAAUAUUAGCCUGCUUAAUCACGCAGGGAGUAAGGAACCGUUCUCUGCAUCCGAAAAUAAAACGAGCGCAGCUGUGAUUUUCUUAAGUAGACAAACGGUGAAAGUUUUUUUUUCUCCAUAAAAUUACGUAUGUUUGCUUGGCAUCUUCAUUUCCUCGCAAAAGCUGUCUAUAACAGCAUGGCGGACUUAUCGGUGUGGGUGCAACGACAUCUAUCGAGAGUUCAGGAGGACUUUGACGAGGUUGACAAGGACAAGAGCGGGUCUCUGGACUUUCCGGAAGUGUGUAAUGUGCUGCAAAAGUCUGGCUUUAAGGGGACUCCAGAGGAAGCAAAGAGAAUAUUUCAGACAUUGGACGUGGACAAGAACAGCAAAAUCUCCAAAGAUGAAUAUGUUAAUUCUAUGGCAAAAAUCCCACAGAUAGACUUCAAACAAAUCGCACUCCGACGAGCGUUCCGAAAGUUAGAUAAGGACGGGAGUGGCUUCUUGACACGUGACGAGAUUUUGGACGCGGCCAGUAACGAGGCAGAAAUCAACGUGUCAGCCGACAAAAUAUCAGACAUGCUGAUCUAUCUCGUCAAAGAUAACGACAAAAAGAUAGACUACGAGGAGUUUCUGAAUAUAUGGAACGUGAAAUUUACUACUCCUGUCAUGCGAACACUGUUCCAGAAGUUGGACAAAGACGGAAGCGGAAAAUUAGACAGGAAGGAACUGUUGGAUGGUCUCCAUGGAGACAACGAGCUCCACCUACAGGCGCCAAAGAUUGCAGCAAUUCUGAUCAAAUGGAGUAAAGAUCAUAAUGGGCCGCUCUCGUAUGAAGAAUUCCUCAAAGCGUACGGAAGUGUGUAAUCCAUGCGAACACUACUUUGUCAUAACCAAAACAUAUAUCCGUCACUGUUGUUUAAAUUAAGAAUAUAUGCGUUUUUCUCUCUCGUGUUUUUACAUAUAUUUGUAUAUUUAUCGGUAUGUGUCGUAGACUAUUACAUGGAUAAACACUGCACUUUAAGAAGUCAAGAACGUUUUCUACAAUCAUUGUAUUACAUUAUUGGACUCCUGCGAGAAGGGCUGACUUUUUCAGUCAACGGCUGACUUUCAAACUAGCAUAAUAUACGGAAGCGCUUUUGUGAUAUGAAUAUAUUUAAAUCCAAUGUCAAUUUAAGAAUAAAGUAAAUUCAAAUGGAA